UCCAUAUCGUAGAUUUGGUUCUUAACCAUAACGAAAAAUCCGAAUCCCACCUACCACACAAUGGCUGAAGCAGAAUCAUAUUUCCAAAGCUAGCUCUCAACGUUUUAUUUAUUUAUUUAUUUAUUUUCUGAGAUUUGGAAAUAUGAUUUGCUGAAAGUUUAAUACGGCACACGUUCGUGUAACACGUCUCCAUCAUCUCCGUCCUUUCACAUACUCCAAGUUCAACGGCAGCUGACCCUGCAAGGCUGCAACUCUGCUGAGAAAACCUCCCAUCCACAGCCACAGGGGGGCAACAAUGGAAAACUCACUGAUUCAACCACUAAUCGCUGCGUUAAUCUCGUCUUUAAUCGCAAUCAGAGCUUACAGACGAAAAUCCCUCGACCUUUCCGGGGCUCUUUCCGGCUUCCUCGUUAUGACCGUCCACAUUGCUCUCGGAUACAGGUAUGGAGCUAUGCUGCUUGUGUUCUUUUUCACUUCGUCUAAGCUCACGAAGGUGGGUGAGGAGAAAAAGCGACUCGUCGAUGCUGAUUUCAAGGAAGGUGGACAAAGAAAUUGGACACAAGUUCUGUUCAAUAGUGGGAUUGCUGCGGUUUUGGUUGUGAUUAUGUGGACAUUGACGGGGUGGCAGGACAAGUGUUUGGACUCAAAAGAGUCAACUCUUAUUACCUCACUCAUUGGGGGCAUUAUUGGUCACUAUUCCUGCUGCAAUGGAGACACUUGGUCUUCUGAGCUUGGGAUACUUAGUGAUGCACAACCUCGACUAAUCACAACCUUCAAGCCUGUUCGGAGGGGUACGAAUGGUGGCGUAACACUAGCAGGACUAUUGGCAGCUGCAGCUGCGGGCAGUGUCAUUGGACUAACUUUUGUUGUCUUUGGAUUUUUCACAACAAAAUGCACCCAUGAUGUAGCUUUAAAGCAGUUAUUGGUAAUACCUCUUUCUGCUCUGGCGGGACUAUGUGGAAGUCUCAUAGAUUCUCUUUUGGGGGCAACCCUGCAAUUCAGUGGAUUCUGCACUGUUCGCAAUAAGGUUGUUGGAAAACCAGGACCAACGGUGAAAAAGAUUUCAGGUGUUACCUUUCUUGACAACAAUGGUGUGAAUCUCGUGUCAAUAUUGCUGACCACAGUGCUGACUUCCAUUGCCUGCAGGAAUAUUUUCUAAAACCAUCUAUACAACUGAAUGAUUUUGUUAGUUGGUCGGCAGAGUCCAGAGGUACAUGCACCAACUGUAGCAAUAUAGCCUUUGGAGCCUUCAAUCUGCCCAAAACUUUUGGGAGGUGGUUAGUUGUGGGCGUGGUAGAUUAUAGAUGCAUGAUAAUACUUUGUAUCUCUUGUUAUUCACAGUUGAAUGUUUGCUCCUUUUUCCUUUUUCUUUUCUCACUCAAAAUAGCAAAAGCCAUAAACUCAAAAUUGCAAGCCAUAAAAACAAGUAUUAGUAAUGCUAUAUACUAGUACACCUCAUCCCACCUCCCUUUCAUUGGACUGAUGUGUCAAUGUUUAUUUUCGUCUCCCUUUCAUUAGACUGAUGUGACAAUGUUUAUUUUCAUCGGUGAUUGUUAAAAAUAAUGAAUUUUCCAUUUUAA